AUGGACGUGGACGUAGAAAUGGACGUGGACGUGGACGUGGUUGUGGACGUGGACGUGGACGUGGAGGUGGAAGUGGACGUGGAGGUGGACGUGGACGUGGACGUGGACGUGGAAGUGGACGUGGACGUGGACGUGGACGUGGAGGUGGACGUGGACGUGGACGUGGACGUGGACAUGGACGUGGACGUGGACGUGGACGUCGAAAUGGACAUGGACGUGGACGUGGACGUGGACGUGGACGUGGACGUAGAAAUGGACGUGGACGUGGACGUGGACAUGGACGUGGACGUGGACGUGGACAUGAACAUGGACGUGGACGUGGACAUGAACAUGGACGUGGACAUGGACAUGGACGUGGACGUGGACGUGGACAUGGACGUGGACGUGGACGUGGACGUGGACGUGGACGUGGACAUGGACGUGGACGUGGACGUGGACGUGGACGUCGAACUGGACGUGGACGUGGACGUGGACCUGGACGUGGACCUGGACGUAGACAUGGACGUGGACGUGGACGUGGACGUGGACGUGGACGUGGACAUGGACGUGGACGUGGAAGUGGACGUGGACGUGGACAUAGAAAUGGACGUGGACGUGGACGUGGACGUGGACAUGGACGUGGACGUGGAAGUGGACGUGGACGUGGACGUGGACGUAGAAAUGGACGUGGACGUGGACGUGGACGUGGACGUGGACGUGGACGUGGACGUGGACGUGGAAAUGGACGUGGACGUGGACGUGGACGUGGACGUAGAAAUGGACGUGGACGUGGACGUGGACGUGGACAUGGACGUGGACGUGGACGUGGACGUGGACGUCGAAGUGGACGUGGACGUGGACCUGGACCUGGACGUGGACCUGGACGUAGACAUGGACGUGGACGUGGACAUGGACGUGGACGUGGACGUGGACAUGGACAUGGACGUGGACAUGGACAUGGACGUGGACGUGGACAUGGACCUGGACGUGGACGUGGACGUCGAAAUGGACGUGGACGUGGACGUGGACGUGGACGUGGACGUAGAAAUGGACGUGGACCUGGACCUGGACGUGGACGUGGACGUGGACCUGGACGUGGACGUGGACGUGGACGUCGAAAUGGACGUGGACGUGGACGUGGACGUGGACGUAGAAAUGGACGUGGACGUGGACGUGGACAUGGACGUGGACGUGGACGUGGACAUGGACAUGGACGUGGACAUGGACAUGGACGUGGACGUGGACGUGGACAUGGAAGUGGACGUGGACGUGGACGUGGACGUAGAAAUGGACGUGGACGUGGACGUGGACGUGGAAGUGGACGUGGACGUGGACGUGGACAUGGACGUGGACGUCGAAGUGGACGUGGACGUGGACCUGGACCUGGACGUGGACCUGGACAUAGAUGUGGACGUGGACGUGGACGUGGGCGUGGACGUGGACGUGGACGUGGACGUGGAAGUGGACGUGGACGUAGAAAUGGACGUGGACGUGGACGUGGACGUGGACGUGGACGUGGACGUAGACGUGGACGUAGAACUGGACGUGGACGUGGAUGUGGACGUGGACGUGGACGUGGACGUGGAAGUGGACGUGGACGUAGAAAUGGACGUGGACGUGGACGUGGACGUGGACGUGGACAUGGACGUGGACGUGGACGUGGACGUAGAAAUGGACGUGGACGUGGACGUGGACGUGGACGUGGACGUGGACAUGGACCUGGACGUGGACGUGGACGUGGACGUCAAAGUGGACGUGGACGUGGACCUGGACCUGGACGUGGACGUGGACCUGGACGUGGACGUAGACGUGGACGUGGACGUGGACAUGGACGUGGACGUGGAUAUGGACAUGGACGUGGACGUGGACAUGGACGUUGACGUGGACAUGGACGUGGACGUGGACAUGGACGUGGACGUGGACGUGGAAGUGGACGUGGACGUGGACGUAGAAAUGGACGUGGACGUGGACGUGGACGUGGACAUGGACGUGGACGUGGACGUGGACGUGGACGUCGAAGUGGACGUGGACGAGGACGUGGACGUGAACGUGGACGAGGACGUGGACGUGGACGUGGACGUGGAAAUGGACGUGGACGUGGACGUGGACGUCGAAAUGGACGUGGACGUGGACGUGGACGUGGACGUGGAUGUAGAAAUGGACGUGGACGUAGAAAUGGACGUGGACGUAGAAAUGGACGUGGACGUGGACGUGGUGGUGGACGUGGACGUGGACGUGGAGGUGGAAGUGGACGUGGACGUGGACGUGGAAGUGGACGUGGACGUGGACGUGGAGGUGGACGUGGACGUGGACGUGGAGGUGGACGUGGACAUGGACGUGGACGUGGACGUGGACGUGGACCUGGACGUGGACAUGGACGUGGACGUAGACAUGGACGUGGACGUGGACAUGGACGUGGACGUGGACGUGGAAGUGGACGUGGACGUGGACGUGGACAUAGAAAUGGACGUGGACGUGGACGUGGACGUGGACGUGGAUGUGGACGUGGACCUGGACGUGGACAUGGACGUGGACAUGGACGUGGACGUGGACAUGGACGUGGACGUGGACGUGGACGUGGACGUAAACGUGGACGUAAAAAUAGACUUUGACGUGGACGUAGACGUGGACGUAGACGUGGAUGUGGACCUGGACGUUGACGUGGACGUGGACGUGGACGUGGACGUGGAGGACAUGGAUGUGGACAUGGACGUGGACGUGGACAUGGACGAGGACGAGGACGUGGACGUGGACGUGGACGAGGAGGACAUGGACGUGGACGUGGACGUGGACGUGGACGAGGACGAGGACGUGGACGUGGACGUGGACGUGGACGUGGACGAGGACAAGGACGUGGACGUGGACGUGGACGUGGACGUGGACGUGGACGUGGACCUGGACGUGGACGUGGACGUGGACAUGGACGUGGACGUGGACGUGGACGUGGACCUGGACGUUGACGUGGACGUGGACGUGGAGGACAUGGACGUGGACGUGGACGUGGACGACAUGGACGUGGACGUGGACGUGGACGUGGACGAGGACGAGGACGUGGACGAGGACGUGGACGAGGACGUGGACGUGGACAUGGACGUGGACGUGGACGUGGACGUGGACGUGGACGUGGACAUGGACGAGGACGUGGACGUGGACGUGGACGUGGACCUGGACCUGGACGUUGACGUGGACGUGGACCUGGACGUGGACGUGGACGUGGACGUGGACGUGGACGAGGAGGACGUGGACGUGGACGUGGACGUUGACGUGGACAUGGACGUUGACGUGGACGUGGACGUGGACGUGGACAUGGACGUGGACCUGGACGUGGACGUGGACGUGGACGUGGACGUGGACAUGGACCUGGACCUGGACCUGGACGUGGACGUGCACGUGGACGUGGACGUGGACGUGGAGGACAUGGACGUGGACGUGGACGUGGACGUGGACGUGGACGUGGACGUGGACGUGGACGAGGACGAGGACGUGGACGUGGACGUGGACGUGGACGUGGACGUGGACGUACGCGUGAACGUGGACGUGGACGUGGACGUGGACGUGGACAUGGACGUGGACGUGGACGUGGACGUGGACGUGGACGUGGAAGUGGACGUGGACGUGGACGUAGAAAUGGACGUGGACGUGGACGUGGACGUUGAAAUGGACGUGGACGUGGAAAUGGACGUGGACGUGGACGUGGACGUCGAAAUGGACGUGGACGUGGACGUGGACGUGGACGUGGACGUGGACGUGGACGUGGACGUAGAAAUGGACGUGGACGUAGAAAUGGACGUGGACUUAGACGUGGAAGUGGACGUGGACGUGGACGUAGAAAUGGACGUGGACGUGGACGUGGACGUGGACGUGGACGUGGAAGUGGACGUGGAGGUGGACGUGGACGUGGACGUGGACGUGGAAGUGGACGUGGACGUGGACGUGGACGUGGAGGUGGACGUGGACGUGGACGUGGACGUGGACAUGGACGUGGACGUGGACGUGGACGUCGAAAUGGACGUGGACGUGGACGUGGACGUGGACGUGGACGUAGAAAUGGACGUGGACGUGGACGUGGACAUGGACGUGGACGUGGACGUGGACAUGAACAUGGACGUGGACGUGGACAUGAACAUGGACGUGGACAUGGACAUGGACGUGGACGUGGACGUGGACAUGGACGUGGACGUGGACGUGGACGUGGACGUGGACGUGGACAUGGACGUGGACGUGGACGUGGACGUGGACGUCGAACUGGACGUGGACGUGGACCUGGACCUGGACGUGGACCUGGACGUAGACAUGGACGUGGACGUGGACGUGGACGUGGACGUGGACGUGGACGUGGACAUGGACGUGGACGUGGAAGUGGACGUGGACGUGGACAUAGAAAUAGACGUGGACGUGGACGUGGACGUGGACAUGGACGUGGACGUGGAAGUGGACGUGGACGUGGACGUGGACGUAGAAAUGGACGUGGACGUGGACGUGGACGUGGACGUGGACGUGGACGUGGACGUGGACGUGGACGUGGAAAUGGACGUGGACGUGGACGUGGACGUGGACGUAGAAAUGGACGUGGACGUGGACGUGGACGUGGACAUGGACGUGGACGUGGACGUGGACGUGGACGUCGAAGUGGACGUGGACGUGGACCUGGACCUGGACGUGGACCUGGACGUAGACAUGGACGUGGACGUGGACAUGGACGUGGACGUGGACGUGGACAUGGACAUGGACGUGGACAUGGACAUGGACGUGGACGUGGACAUGGACCUGGACGUGGACGUGGACGUCGAAAUGGACGUGGACGUGGACGUGGACGUGGACGUGGACGUGGACGUAGAAAUGGACGUGGACCUGGACCUGGACGUGGACGUGGACGUGGACCUGGACGUGGACGUGGACGUGGACGUCGAAAUGGACGUGGACGUGGACGUGGACGUGGACGUGGACGUAGAAAUGGACGUGGACGUGGACGUGGACAUGGACGUGGACGUGGACGUGGACAUGGACAUGGACGUGGACAUGGACAUGGACGUGGACGUGGACGUGGACAUGGAAGUGGACGUGGACGUGGACGUGGACGUAGAAAUGGACGUGGACGUGGACGUGGACGUGGAAGUGGACGUGGACGUGGACGUGGACAUGGACGUGGACGUCGAAGUGGACGUGGACGUGGACCUGGACCUGGACGUGGACCUGGACGUAGAUGUGGACGUGGACGUGGACGUGGGCGUGGACGUGGACGUGGACGUGGACGUGGAAGUGGACGUGGACGUAGAAAUGGACGUGGACGUGGACGUGGACGUGGACGUGGACGUGGACGUAGACGUGGACGUAGAACUGGACGUGGACGUGGAUGUGGACGUGGACGUGGACGUGGACGUGGAAGUGGACGUGGACGUAGAAAUGGACGUGGACGUGGACGUGGACGUGGACGUGGACGUGGACGUGGACGUAGAAAUGGACGUGGACGUGGACGUGGACGUGGACGUGGACGUGGACAUGGACCUGGACGUGGACGUGGACGUGGACGUGGACGUCAAAGUGGACGUGGACGUGGACCUGGACGUGGACGUGGACCUGGACGUGGACGUGGACGUGGACGUGGACGUGGACGUGGACAUGGACGUGGACGUGGAUAUGGACAUGGACGUGGACGUGGACAUGGACGUUGACGUGGACAUGGACGUGGACGUGGACAUGGACGUGGACGUGGACGUGGAAGUGGACGUGGACGUGGACGUAGAAAUGGACGUGGACGUGGACGUGGCAGGGACAUAG